AGUUGUUGGUAGUAAAUGUGCCACGUCUUCUAGGAAGGAGGAGUCCUGAACUUGCCCAAGGCCUUUGCUUCCGAGCCUUCAACCACAUUCUUAACUCUGUGAAGUCGUGGAUACUUUCUCUGCUUUUGUAGGGACUUCUUUUCUGCCCCAGAAUCAUGAGGCUUUUCUUGCGGAAUGCGGUCGUGACGCUGUUAGUCACAGCUCUGAGUGGGGCUCUGAUCCCCGAACCAGAAGUGAAAAUUGAAGUUCUGCAGAAGCCGUUCAUCUGCCAUCGUAAGACCAAAGGAGGGGAUUUGAUGUUGGUCCACUAUGAAGGCUACUUAGAAAAGGACGGCUCCUUAUUUCACUCCACUCACAAACAUAACAAUGGUCAGCCCAUUUGGUUUACCCUGGGCAUCCUGGAGGCUCUCAAAGGUUGGGACCAGGGCUUGAAGGGAAUGUGUGUGGGAGAAAAGAGAAAGCUCAUCAUUCCUCCUGCCCUGGGCUAUGGAAAAGAAGGAAAAGGUAAAAUUCCGCCACAGAGUACACUGAUAUUCAACAUUGAUCUCCUGGAGAUUCGAAAUGGACCAAGAUCCCAUGAAUCCUUCCAAGAAAUGGAUCUUAAUGAUGACUGGAAACUCUCCAAAGAUGAGGUUAAAGUGUAUUUAAAGAAGGAGUUUGAAAAGCAUGGUGCUGUGGUGAAUGAAAGUCAUCAUGAUGUUUUGGUGGAGGAUAUUUUUGAUAAAGAAGAUGAAGACAAAGAUGGAUUUAUAUCUGCCAGAGAAUUUACAUAUAAACAUGAUGAGUUGUAGAGAUAUGUGUGUCCAUUUUAUAUAGCAUCCAUCUUUAAAGAGAGGGCAAUCAUCUUUAAAGAAAGACAUCUUUUUUAACAAUGUUCCGUUCUUGCUUUGGUUUUUAUUUUUAUAUAUUUUUCUGACUAUUAUUUAAAGAACCCCUUAGAGGUUUUAUUAUCCAUUUCUUUCUGGUAAGUUAUUGGGAAGAAAUAAUUAAUUUGUCUUUGAAUAGAAGACUUCUCGACCAUUUUCCAUUUUGACAUAUGAAGUCUUGUUUUACUUGCUUACUUGUAAUUUUAAAAUAUUGCAACUGAGAACAUACCACACAUGAGACCAGGUUAUAGCACAAAGCAGUUCCCGAUAUUUCUUCUUCCCUCUGUUUUCUCCAAGUUAGAUACUGACAUAUUUUAAAAGCCUUUUGCAGUUGCCCAAGUCUUGCUAUUUUCAUGUUAUAAUGAAAUAGUUUAUUUUAAGUGCCUUUGAGUUGCUGCUUGAUGAAAAUGGUUGUUAGACUUUAAUUGUUAACAGUUAGUCCUUUCCUAAGGAGACGUGCAAUGCCGAAAUGAAUGACAAAGUUAAUAACUUAUAAAUAUGUUUGCAUUGAAACAUUCUGCACUCGGUUCUUAGGGACUAAUGGCCUAAUGUGAUAAAUAGGAAAAAUCGUUUAUGUGUUUCUUUGUCAUAAAAUGUACCAAAAUGUUAUAGAGGAGGUAAUAAAUUGUAUUUAUAUUCAGUGUUUACUAUUUAGGCUAGCAGAUUAGCCUUCCUGGUUCUUUAACGAAUACAGUCUAUAACUAGUGUAUUAUGUCACAAUGACAUUAUAUCAUAAGAGAAAUUAGUAAUCCAAUUAAGAAUUUUCCAUUUCUGCCUCAUCACAAAGUGAGGGAGACCUACUGCAGCUACUAUUGAAUAGGUGCUUAUCCUGGGUCAAAAAAUUGAUGAUUUUAUAAUUUUACCUUAAAUUGGCUUUUAUAUUUAAUACUCUUAAAAAAGUCUCCAAAUCUCCAUUUACUAAGAAUAGUCAUUUAUAUUUUACAAACUAUCAAGUGCAUUAUUGUCUUGGACUCUCAUUGCUCUGAUGUCUAUGAAAAAAGCUGGUGGAUCUUAUGAUAACUACUUUAGAGAUGAAAAACUGUCAUUCAGAGAUAUUGAUUAUUAUACCCAAGGUCAACAGCUAAAUUGUAGAACCAGUUUUCAGUCCCCAAGUUCAUUGACUUACUAUUGCCCUCUACUAAUGAAAAAAAAAAUGUUGAAUUCAUUGGCCUCAAUUCUCCAGUUUGCUGUUCUGCUGUUUGUCUUUGGGUUCUUGUCCUCUGAAUAUGGUUUACUGGCUGUUUCUGGUACAUUAGAAUUCUCCCCGUGACCAAGGAAUGGCUCUGGUUUCAUAGGAUAAUCUUGGGUUUAGCUCUGAAUUGCCUCAAAAACCCCGAACAGUGAGAGGUUCCAGGUGUGUGUCUUUAAUUCUUCCCUUCCUGUUUGCCUCCAUGUUUGUUUUUUAAAAAGAAUUAAGAGCAACUAUUACAUCAUAUAUAGACUACUUUCACUAAUUACAUAUUGACAUCUUCCUCACUGAAACAUAUGAGGGUACACUUCAAAAAGUUUGUGGAAAAAUGUAAUUAAAAAAUAAUACAAAUCUUUCCGCAGUCUUUUUUUAAGACCCUUCAUGUACUUCUUGGGAAGAAUGUACUAUAACAGCUUUCUCUGAAGCAAUCAGCUAUAUCUUGAAAACUGUUAAGUCAUCACUGAUGUUUUCCUGAAACUGGAGGAGUAAUAAGUCACAGUACAGAAAGCUUUAUACUGUAUGAUGGGAGGAAGGAAAGUAGCUUGUCCUGUGGUGCUACUUUGUAUAAAGAUUACUGAUGCUGUCUAUGGUAGAGCAAGAAAAGUAAAAAGAAUUUUGAUUAUUCAGACAGCAUAUUCUUUAUCUUGUGUGAAUUUGUAUCAAUCUCAUCUAAACAUUUGGACACAAAUACGAAAUGAAAAAUAUAUAUAGAUUAUGGUUGUUUUUAAGUUAUCUGCUUUUUUAUCUUAGCUGUACCUUUGCACCCUUCCGGUAGUGGGAAUAAUCAGACAUGAACUGUGACUUCACAUGUAUAUAAUUUGACUCAUUAAUACUGCUUGAUGUGUCAUACUGAAAUUUAUAUGACGAUGUU